UGAUCAACUGUCAAAUAUGAUUAUUUAUCUGUCACUCACACUUUUUGUUUUGGGAGGGAAAGUUUUAAAAUAAAACUGAGUGUUUCAUUCGUCUUUGUUUUUAAUGUGUACUAAUCAAUUAAUUAUAAGGCAAUGUAAUCAGCAUAUUUGCUCUUUUAGAUUCAAACAUGAAUUCGUUUAAAAUAUGCAAUGCUACUGAGCUAUGGCAGAGAGAGACUAACCUGCCGUCUGUAGCAACCUUCAGCCAAAAUUUAGAUAAUAUGUUAGGUACAGCUGGAGUGCAAUUAGGAAGCAUUACUGAACUACUAGGAUUGCCUGGUUCUGGUAAAACUCAAUUAUGUUUACAACUAUGUGCGUCAGUCCAAAUACCAAAAGAACUAGGUGGACUUGAUGCAGAGGCAUUAUACAUAGAUACUAAUACUCACUUUACAAUAUCAAGAUUUCGAGAAAUCCUAAGUGCAAGUCUACUCCGAUGCCAAAAUAUACUGGAAGAACCACUACAGGUCACAGAAGAUGAAGCUCUGGACAAACUACAUUAUGUGAAUGCUUUCGGUCUUGAGAAGUUCUGCGCUUUUAUGUAUAUGCUGCCUAAAUUUAUUGCAGAACAUCCAAAUGUGAGACUAAUAGCUGUAGACUCAAUUUCAUAUCCUUUCAAAGAGGGUAUAUCUACAAAGCAGAGAACUGGACUACUGUUCAGAUUGAUGGCAGAUCUGCAGAGGCUAGCUGUGGAAAAUCAAAUAGCUGUAGUAUUAACAAACGAGAUGAGUACUCGCGUGGGAUUAUCGACUGGCGCCGUUGUAGGCUCGCUGGGCGAUGCGUGGGCGCACCGCUGCAACACCCGCGUCUUGCUCUCCACACCGCACUUACAUACUGAUGUCAGUGAUGGUACUCACAGGCUCGCCUUGUUGCUCAAGAGUAAUGUUGCUGCAAGUUCUGUCGCUCCGUUUCAGGUAAUGUAUGAAUUCAAUGUCGUAGGUACCGAUAAUGAUUUUAAGAGUAUGUUGGGUUAUGCGAUGGGAGUUGGGAGUAAUGGGUCAAUGACCGGUUGCAAGUUUGCUUUCUAAAGGUUGUUCCUAUGAUAUAGUUACGAAUUAUCGUCGUUCACGUUUCACUACUCUCUCUCACUCUGUUUUUCAAUGCCUAGUUCUCAAAACGUGCGCCCUAGGUACCUACUCUAUAUCAAUUUAACUCUUCUGACAUAUUUAACUACUAAGGGAACUAUAGGCAUAUGGAUAGGGUCAGGUAACAUUCUUUCGUAUUUGUUUAUUUUUCUCAAACCUUGAUCUCGUAAUGUUCGUUACGUUCUCAAUUUUAACUACACCUACUACAUGUUAUUUAUACCUUUACCUGAAUUGGGUAUUGGGAACAUUGAACAGAUUUAUAACUUUGACUUUAUGGCUUAAUUAACCGUCUUGAUAAAGAUUUAUGAUCUGAUGCAAAUAUUUAAGAGAAUUGCCGAUAACGUUGGCCGUUUUCCCGUUUGCGAUCUUUGCCUAAUUUUGUUAAAAUAAGAAGGAAAUGUAAACUUAAAAUCUUAAAUGUUUAAAAGGAAAACAUUAUCCACUGCCACGAUUUUGUGUACCGUAAAACGGGGUGAAUAGAGGGUUUUUUGGGGUGGAUAGAAACAGAGUUUUUA